AUGCGUCACUGGAACAAACAGCCCCUCAGGCGAGAUCCAGCCACAGCAGUAGCAGGGAGUGUAGUGUCUCCACGCCCAGUGCGUGUCCAGACCGUCCUCCCCAGCAUGUUUGACGCGGGAGUGGGGAUCAUGCAGAGCUGGUUCUGUGCCUGCUUUGACAGCUCCUGGGUGUUGUACACCUGCAUCCUUCUGGUCCUGGUCAUCUGGGUGGCCAUGGCGACGCAGCACAGCUUCUCCUGGAGAAGCAGGAUGGCUCUUCUGGUCAGCAGGCUCCGGUGGAGGGGGACGGAGGACGAGGGAGAAGGUGCAAAGAAGCGGCAGGUGAAGCAGCCGCGUGACCGGCUGUGCUGGGACCCCCCACGCCGCGCUCGCCAAGCUGCCAGGCGCCGCUCCAUCCGCCAGCUGCUGUGUGACAACUCAGACUGCGCCCUGUGCGACGAGGCGGCCCGGCAAGCCGAGCGGCUGGUAUACGCAGACAGGGCCAGUGCGUGGGUCCCUGCUGGGCCAGGGUCACCUCCCACUCCCGCCUCCGGCUCCAAAGGGAGGAAUCUGCUCGGUAGAUCCAUGUGGAGAGGCCUGGAUGUGCUACAGUGGUGCGGCUUUAGGACAUCUAUGGGCGACCAGGUCCUCCCACCGGCGCAGGGCCCCUUCCCACCCAGCAAGUCCCGCUCCCCUCCCGAGCAACAGGCAGGCAGCCGGAAAACGGAGUGCCGCCCGUCGAGGGAGGAUGAGGAGAGGCUGUCCCGCCCACAGCAGGCCAAAGGCUCCUCCACAGAGCAGGACGAAUGUCUCUUCUGCUCCUCUCUCUGGAAUGAGACUCUCCUUCGCGGGCAAGAGCACGCCCAGAGCUCCUCUUCUCUACAGCACGAGCCGCCCCUACUCGCUUGGGAGCUGAGAAAUGGAUCAAGCCAGCACGAGCCAUUUCUUCCCAGGCAUGAGGAGCACCCCGGCCCCGCUCCUGCCCAGCACGAGCCCUUCCCUCCAAGCCAAGCGGAACAUGGCUGGGUCGGGAGUUUCCUGCGCAGAGGCAGAGCAAGGAGCCCCCAGGCCGCUCCCCAGAGGCAUGUGCAUCCCCCCGAUUGGGUGCCGUUUCUGGCCAAGUCCCCAGGCAGGACCAGGAUGUCAGGGCGGAAGGCCAAAUGGCAGCGAGACCAAGAAAGCACGGCACCCAGGGCCACGGGGGAAGCUCCGAUGUCUCUGGCUGGGAGACCCCUGGCGCGGGUCAGCCCUGGAGCCCUGCGUGUGGCCGGCAGGCUCGAAUUGGCCGAAGUGGAGACUCCCUUCCUCCAGCGCGACGUCAGGGCGAGUCUCGAGUGGCACGUCCAGGUAAAGAGGCUGCAGCUCACCCUGGGGCUGCCCUGCACCCUGCAGAGCGCUUUGAAGAUCUUCAUGCCCCCAGCACCGAAACCCAUCGCAAGCAAACCCUCGGGGGCAGGCAUGGUGGUGACGAUGCCACAGACCCUGCCCUUCCUGAGCGUCGGCUCCAGGACAGAGCUGGAGCGGCAUCUGCAAAGGAUGGUGCAUCUUAAGAGAUGGGGGCUGCCCAAGAGGAUCCAGGAGUCCCUGAGGCUGCUGAUGCCAGCCACACCUCCACACCCCCGGCUCAGCCCCCUGCCGUCUGGGAGAUGGGCUCCAAGGGGGCCAGGCCCAGUGACAAGGGCAGCCCAGAUGCCCGGCCUCAGAGCUAGAGCCCCAGCCCAGGCCUCCCAGGGCCCCGCCAGAGCAUCCAGAUCCGCGCCUGGCUCUCACUGCUACAGAGACACCCGGGAGCUGCAGGUGCACAUUGCCAGGAAGGGCUUGGAAAUCAGACUAGGCGCACUGCCCGCCGUGCUGAGGAGCUCUCAGAAAAUGGCUGCCCUGGGGCGCAGAGACCUGCUCCUGCCUAAACUGAUCCCCCCAGGCUGCAAGGCCCCCCUGGCCCGCCACCAGCUCUGCCCCCUGCUCAGCUGCAAGGCAGGCAGCAUGGAGCUCAACGUGAGGCACAAGCACAUCCAGUACCUCUGGGCUCUCCCCACCCUCCGAGCCCCUGGGAACUGCAUGGCGCCAGCAGCUCAGCCGGGACACAUGCCACCAGCUGCUGAAGAGACAUGUGACCAGGAAAAACAUACAGAUCCGUCUGGGCCUCAUCCCCCGCAGGGCCCAACACUCACAGGAAGCUGCCCGCCGGGUGGGGGCUGCCCACACUACCGACAGUCCCUGGCCAAGCUGUUCCACGCAGGCCCCUCGCCCGCCCCACCGCCCUCCAGCUCCCGCGCAGCUGGGACCAAGUUCACGGAGCAGGAGCUGCCCUUCCUCCCACCGGGAGCCCGGGAGGAGCUGGAGCUGCACGUGAGGAAGAAGAGGCUGCAGCACGAGUGGGGGCUGCCUCUGAUCAUCCAGAAAUCCAUGCGGGGCCUGAUGGCGGCUCCCCCCCGCCCCGGCCAGCCCAAGGCCCCUCCGCCGGCCGACAGUGACGUGGCCGUUCUCCAGCCUGAGCUGUCCUUCCUCAGUGAGGGCAGCAGACGAGAGCUGGAGCUCAGCCUCCGCAAGAGACUCAUGCACCGGCGCUGGGGGCUGCCCAGGAGGAUCCAGGAGUCGGUGCGGCUGCUUCAACCUGCCUCAGCGCACGCGGAGCUUAGGCCCCACGGACCCACGGAAAGGGAUGCAGAGGGGCCUUUCCUGCUGCCCUGGCACAAGAGCGCCGUGCACCUGGAGUGGGGCGUGGGGAAAGCCAGGAGAGUGGUCGCUGCUCCCCACCCGCGGCUCAGCCUGGGACGUGACGCUCAGAAGUGGCUGCAGAUCCACGUAGCAAAGAAAUGUGUGGAGACCCGGCUGGGGGCCGUCCCCACUGCAGUGAGACGCUCUUGGCAAAGGCUGCAUCUCGUGUCCCGGCUGCCCCUCCCCAAGCUGAUCCCUGCUGGGGACAGGGCCCCGAAAGCCAGGAGCCCCCUGCUGCCCUUCGUGCACUCAGAGGACGUCUGCCACCUAGAGCUGAAUGUGCAGCACAAACAUCUCAUGGCCCUGUGGGGCCUGGGCACUCUCUACACCCAGUCCCUCAGCAGGAUGGUCCCCAGGGCACCCCCUGGGCCGGUUCCACCCCGUGAGGCUGAAGUCGAGUUCUGGGCACGGGAGGCUCUGUUCCUGGGCCCAGAGGCCAGACAGGCCCUCGAGCUGCACGUCAGGAAGAAGAGGCUGCAGCACGAAUGGGGCUUCCCCGCACUCAUUGAACGGUCGCUCAGAGCCUUUGUGCCAGAGCCCCCGCUGCCGGGGCCGACCGCAGCCCGCCAACGCGCCGAGCUGCACAUCCUUGUCCUGGGGCAGGAGACUUCGCUCAUGGAUGGGGACACGAGAGGCCACCUGGAGCGUCACCUCCGGAAGAUGACGCUGCAGCGGAGGUGGGGCCUUCCCCGGAGGAUGCAGGAGUCCUUGCGGCUGUUUGCUGCUUUUGCCCCACCAACUGGCCCGCAGCUUCCUGGGGCCGGUGGAGAAAGGAGCGUCGGGCAAAGCCGGCUGAGGCCCAGCCAGCCAGACGUCCCCGCAGGCAGCCGCUUGGCAGGAGACAGCAGAACCCAUGGCCUUGCUGCCGAGUGGAGGGACGAGCUCCAGCGGCACCUCGCGAGGAAGUGCCUAGAGAUCAGGCUCGGGGUGAGGCCGGCCCUGGUGAAGAGAUCCCAGAGAGUGGCCAGGGACGGGGAGAGGAUCCGCCUCCCCAGGCUGAUCUGUGCAGGCCAGAAGCCCCCCAAGCCCAGGGCCGGCUCCCUGCUCUGCCUGCCACCCACGGCUGUGAAUACACUAGACAUGAACGUGAGACACAAGCAGCUGGUGCAUUUCUGGGGGCUGCCCACGCUGCAGGCGGCGUCUCUGCGGAGGAUGAUGCCGAAAGCUCCGGCUGUGCCGCUGGGGAGUGCAGCAGGGAGGGCCCGGAUUCAGAUGGGCCUGGCUGGAUGCAUUGGGGCUGAGGAGCCGGAGAGGAACGGCUACAAGGAGCCGCCUCUGGUCACGGGGCCGCCUCUGGUCACAGCCGAGGCCAGGGACCAUCUGGAGAGCCACAUCCUGAGAAAGAAGCUCCAGCACGAGUGGGGCUUACCUCGGGUGGUGCUGAGAUCCCUGGGCGCGUUCACACCCCCACCGCCUGGGAGGGGACCCCCGAGGCGGGCCCAGGCCCCAGCCAGCGAGAGCUUCACCACGGGCAGCCUGCUCUUCCUGCACACAGAAACCAGGGAGCACCUGGAGUCACACGUCAGGAAACUGGCCCUGGAGCGGAGAUGGGGCCUGCCCAAGAGGAUCCUGGAGUCCCUACAGAUGUUCCUGCCGCCUGCCCAACCAGGAGCAGAGCCCAGAGGCCAAACCCAGCCCCUGCUCCAUGUCUCCCCUACACCCCCCCAAGGUCCUACAGCCCUCUGCACGGGUCAAUUGGAAGAGCUCCAGCCAGGCCCCGGGGAGCCCCUCACCCACCGGUCCCAGCACUGGCUUGAAAUGGGGGUAAAGGAGGGCAAAGCCAGCUGCUCUGAGGCAGUGUCCCAACACACCCUGGGGAGCAGCAGCAGGAGAAGCCAGGAGACCUCCCAGACUAGCAAUGGGGAAGGGCCCCCCAGCUCCCCACGCCGCUUCCUGGAGGACAAGGCAGAGCUGACAUCCACCCUGGACUUUCCCAGGAAGAAGGUGCUGAGAAUUUCCCACAGGGCCCAGGAGUCCCAGAGACGGACCUUACGCCGGGUGGCCCAUGAGUCUUACCCACAGCAGAGAGAGCAGAACUCUGAGGAAAUUCCUGGGCAGUGGAGGACCCACGAUGGCGAAGGAGCUCCAUGGAUGGCGGGGACCGGCAGGCGCUCCCGGAGCUCGUCUGUGGAGACAGCUGUUUGGAAUGAGAAGAGGAUCUCGCGGGAGCUGGAAUCCAGCUUCAGGAGAAUAGCCCGGAGCCGCAGCCACCAUGGCCCAGGGGGGAAGCAGCCUCUGUCUCUGGAAAUCGUGGGCCACCUGGAAAUGGGCCAUUGCACAUGCUUGGACUGCCCUUGCUGCAAGAUCAAGGGGUGGGACGGCGCCCGCUCUCUGGGGGCCAGCUCUCCUGGGUGGCAGACACAGCGUAUCCAUGCAAGGGGGUCAGCAGCUCUCCUAGGAGAUGCGGCAGCUCCAACCCCUCUGCAUGCUGAGCCCGGAUGGCAGGGGCAGGACACUCCCAGUGUGGCAAAAUAUGAACCGCCUGCCUCCUCUCAGUCGUCUCCGGAGGGCAGCGAGUCCAGGGCCUCUGACUGGUCUGAGGGAGAAAGCUCUCGCGCAGCCUCUCGCCCAGCGCCCAAGGGGCCCACGCUGGCACGGGUGCAUCUUGCUUCUCCGCGAGCCGCAGCACACCGGCUGGACAUCCACCUGGCACAGAAGGUCCUGGGCUCCUUCAUCCUGCCGCCCUGCGUCAUACACUCCCAGGCCAUCUAUGCCGACAUGGCAGCUGAGCGGCUGAGAGCCGCUGCCCAGGAACACAGGCGGGAAAUGAACAUCCGGCUGCAGCGCAGGAGGGGCCGGAAAAGCCAGCUGGGAGGGCCCCGAGAUGAUGUCAGUACAGCACUUGGCCAAUAGACAGUAAGAUUAAAACCAUGAUAGAUCCUAAUACGAUCCACAAGAGUUUCUGGUCUAUCAUAUAAUUAGCUAUUUAGAUCUAUCAUGACAAGCACAAUAUUUUAGGACCUGCCCUGCCAUCUGUAAUUGAAUUUACCCAACAAUAUUUGUACAAUAUUAUUCUUUACUAUAAUAAUUUAGGGCCCAAUCCUAUUUCCCCUAAAGUCAAUAGAAGUCUUACCAUUGAUGUCAAUGGGAACUAAAUCAGGUCAUAAUGCUUGGCAGUGGUACUGUUCGUCAGCCUAUAAUUUCCACUCAAAGAAACAUUUGUGCCCAUUUCUUGCAUUUAUUUGCUGUUGGUUUGCAGUGAUGGGCACAUAAAUGAAGCUGGCAAGGUUCUGAUCCUAUUUACCAGCACAAAUCCAGGGGAGCUCCAUUGCAUCCCAAGGAAUUACUUUGUAUUUAAAUUGAUGUAACUGAGAUCAGAAUCCAGCCAACCAUAUUCAAACUAAGACAUAUAUUCUGUAUUCUUCUCAGAGAAGGUACAUUUCUCAUGCACAGUAAAAAAACAAACACACACACACACACACACAACACACACACAACCCUCUACAUUCUCCUUUUGUUUCUACCACUUUUUCAAUCAACAAUGUCCUCAUAGUUAUCAGACUCUAAGCUACAGUGCCAAACACUAUGGGCUGGUCUACACUACCGCAUAAUUUAACCUAUUGAAAAAGACACACACACCCCAAGUGACGUAAGUUACAUCGACUUAAGCACUGUCCACACUGGUGCUAUGUCAACAGGAGAUGCUUUCCCACUGACAUAACUUCCGCCUCUCACGGAGGUGAGUAUAUUAAGUCUCUAGUGUAGACUUGCCCUAUAUUUAAGGAGACUUUAUUCUUUUGACUUGAUUGAUUCAAAUAAUUUCAGGCAAGAAGUUAUUUCCAUUUUGCACAUUGGUGCAGUGCCAAAUAGACUUGCAUAAUGAAAGAAAGGUUAUCUGAAUCUGACCGCUAGAGAGAGAAUGUAAAGUAAUAUCUAAGGCAGGCCUGCACAACUCGUAAAGCGACGAGGGCCACAUUCCUCCAAAGAAAACAGCUAAGGGC